AUGACCGCAUUUCCUCCAAAUCGCCCUCCGCCCGAUGCAGGGCAAUCCACGAAGCCUCAUAACGCUGGAAUUGCUGACGGAAGUCUUCAGGAUAGACAGACGGCUGAUCCGCAGCCGGAACGGGAACAGACUUCGGUCGCCCGAGGCGACGCCACACUAUCCUCACCGACCCUUUCCUAUCGCUCGACAACUCUUUCUUCAUCUUUGUCGAGUAUUUCGUCCGAUCGACCGACUUCCGGUUCACACAGCGCUGUCGACAGCCAAGUGGAAGGACCACCACCAUACACCGAUACUCUCAUUGCUGAGCCCAUCGACUCUACAUCUGACGCUCCACAAGCGCCAAACGAUUUCUCGUCAUGCCCGGGUUAUGUUGAAGAAGCGAUUACCACAGGUGAUGGGAGCAUCGAUCGAGUUGCACUUCCUUGUGAUCACCACAAUCCUCGCUGCGAGGCGCUUCGAAACGAUCUUGCCGCGCGAGCCUUUGAGGACUUCAUGCCCCAGGCGGGCCCCAUUCCAGUCUACGGCGAUCCUUCAAACGACAGAGGCCCUCGCACCUCCAGCAGGGGAAACACGGGUCCAGCAGCAGGAUCCUGGACGAUCAUUGACGAUCCCACAAACAUGGCGUACUUUUGGAACAGUCGCACUGGCAAUUUACUCUCCGCUUCUCUAUCAGGCAUCAGGGAUUUUAACUUCUUAUACACUGCCGAAAACCCUUUCGUUAACCAUCGAGACUCAGUGCAUGAAGGAGUGACGACGACCCCAAUGACACAGGCAGAGGCCCAGGCGUUCCGGGAAUCAAUGCAAAGGACCACCGAGCACAUUCAAAGGGAUAUGGAGCGAGCUCAGAGGGAAGCAGAGAGGGCACGGAGAGACGCCGAAAGACAACAGAGGCAGGCAUUUGAGCAAGCGCAGAGGGAGAUGGAGCAGGGUAUGCGCCAAGCGGAGCAACAGAUGAGGGAGGCGCAAAGGAGAACCGAGCAUGAGCUGAGGCGUGCGAUGGGUGAGAUGAAUCGCGGAAUGGGCGAAAUGAAUCGUGGACUGCACCGCACUUUUUCCCAGUCCCAGUGGCCGAGAUGGGGCGGUUGGGGGAGGCACUACUAG